GCCAGUACAAGAGGCCCGUCUCUGCGGACGCGCGGCUUUAAAUGAGCAGCAAAAGGAGCGCAGCGAGCAGCAGUGCACAGCAGAGAAGCGGCGGGAAGUACGAUACGAUCCGAACGCGUCUCGCCUACUCUGCUUCCUCUGCUCCCCGGCUAGCUAGGGUUUGCUCCCUCGCCGCCGGCGCGCGUGGCCGUCUGAAGCAGAUCCAUCCCAUCCCAGGUUUUUGUGAUGGCUCCCGCUAUUGAAGCAGCAGAGAAGGUCAAGGUGGCAAGCGCACCUGUUAAGGCUCCUGUUCUUAAUGAAAGAACACUAUCAUCCAUGACCCGGAGACCUGGUUCAGCGCAUUCUUGGCAUGAUCUUGAAAUAGGCCCUGAUGCACCAACUAUCUUCAACUGUGUCAUUGAGAUACCUAGGGGCAGCAAGGUUAAAUAUGAACUUGACAAGAAAACUGGACUGAUAAUGGUGGACCGCGUGCUUUAUUCAUCAGUGGUGUACCCUCACAACUAUGGAUUCAUUCCCCGCACACUGUGCGAUGACAGUGAUCCGAUGGAUGUGCUAGUUAUUAUGCAGGUAUGUCUUACUACUUCCCUUUUGUGGUGUACCCUCACCAAAUGGGUAGAAGGCCGUUGUACUUCCUACUGUAGAGUCUGUUGGUUGGUUGUAGAACAUUACCAAUCUGCAUUCGCAAAUCUUUGUAAUUUGUUGAUACAGGAGCCAGUUGUGCCGGGCUGUUUCCUCCGUGCAAAGGCGAUCGGCCUCAUGCCUAUGAUUGACCAGGGAGAAGCAGAUGAUAAGAUCAUUGCAGUGUGCGCUGACGACCCUGAAUACAAGCAUUUCAAUGAUAUCAAGGAGCUCCCACCUCACCGGUUGGCUGAAAUCAGACGCUUCUUUGAGGACUACAAGAAGAAUGAGAACAAGGAGGUCGCUGUGAACGACUUUCUGCCGGCGACUGCUGCUUACGAGGCCAUUCAGCAUUCCAUGGAUCUGUAUGCUACUUACGUCGUGGAGGGCCUGCGGAGGUAGGCUGCUGCCCGGAGGUUCGGCUCGACGCGCUGCUCCUUGUCGUCGGGGCCGGGACGAUGUUGGCGAAAACCGGAGAAUGAGACACUGUCACCUUACGAACUAAGUACUGUUAUUUUGUUGGUGUUGGCAUAUGUACCACUGGUUCUUAUGACCUUGAAUGUACUAGUAGUUAGCACAAGAAAGAGUGGCGCAAUAUUCUUUUGUGGCCUCGGUGCCCCUAUGUUGUUACCUUCAUGUUGAUUCUCUUGACGAUUCAAGUCAGGCAUAAAAAAUUCGUUGUCAAUUUCUCACGGUCA